GGCUGUUAACCGAAAGGUUGGUGGUUCGAGCCCACCCAGGGACGGAUGUGGAAGUUUUUGCUUCCCCGGAUAAGAAGAAGGUGGGCAACGCACCUGCUUUUUCUGGGGCGCUCCGCACGGAACCGCUGUUCUACCCUCGUGGGGCGGGCGGCUGGGGAUGUCCGUGGUGGCGGAACUUUCCGGGCCUGAGUUCAGUUUCCGCGCACCAGCCGAAUCGGUUUGGGCGACGGCCCCUAGUACCCGGAGGGCUAAAGCGGACGGACCUCAGAGGUUGUCUGAAGGCCGAGACCGAGAUGGCAGCGCUGGCGGCUCCCAGCCUGCUCCGCUCGAUCCUUGCUCUGCGCUCCGGUGUGGGUGCCGCUGUGGGGGUGCGCUGUGUCCAUGCCAGUUCGGCUGCUGAUGGUCCGAGCAGCAUCCAGUCCGCUGUAUCCAAGCCUGGAGCCGUGGUCCCCAAACCCAGCGCCCUUCCCAGCAGCCGGGGCGAGUAUGUGGUGGCCAAGCUGGACGAUCUCAUCAACUGGGCCCGCCGGAGCUCGCUGUGGCCCAUGACCUUCGGCCUGGCCUGCUGUGCCGUGGAGAUGAUGCACAUGGCCGCGCCCCGCUAUGACAUGGACCGCUUCGGCGUGGUCUUUCGAGCUAGCCCUCGCCAGUCCGACGUCAUGAUCGUGGCCGGGACCCUCACCAACAAGAUGGCCCCCGCACUCCGCAAGGUCUAUGACCAGAUGCCUGAGCCACGCUACGUCGUGUCCAUGGGAAGCUGCGCCAACGGAGGGGGUUACUACCACUACUCCUACUCCGUCGUGAGGGGCUGUGACCGCAUCGUGCCCGUGGACAUCUAUGUCCCAGGCUGCCCACCCACGGCCGAGGCCCUGCUCUAUGGCAUCCUGCAGCUACAGAAGAAGAUCAAGCGGGAGAAGAGGCUCAGGAUCUGGUACCGCAGGUAGUGCCACCCACCGCUGUCAUCGUCAUCGUCCUGAGAUGGUCAAUAAACCCGAGAAAUCCACCUA